GGGGGAGGAACAGAGCCUGCAGGGCCGUGAGGAGAGCUGCCGUGUGGGGAUCAGGUUGAUAGUGAAUCAUCUGAGAAAUGGCCACACGCCUCAGACUGGCUGGUAAGAAAUGUACAGUGAUUGGCGGCUCAGGAUUCUUAGGCCAGCACAUGGUGGAGCAGCUCCUGGAGAAGGGAUAUGUGGUCAAUGUAUUUGAUAUUCAGAAGAGAUUUGACAAUGACAGAGUGCAGUUCUUCCUGGGAGACCUUUGUGACAAAGAGGCUUUGCUCCCAGCUUUACAAGGUGUGUCAGUGGCAUUUCAUUGUGCAUCACCAGCACCUUCAAGUGACAACAGGGAACUGUUUUAUAAGGUGAAUUUUAUGGGAACCAAAGCAGUCAUCGAAGCUUGCAAAGAAGCUGGAGUGCAGAAAUUGGUGUUGACUAGCAGUGCCAGUGUAGUUUUUGAGGGCACAGACAUAAAAAAUGGAUCAGAAGACCUCCCUUAUGCAAAAAACCCCAUUGACUAUUACACGGAGACGAAGAUCCUACAGGAGAAGGAGGUGCUCAGUGCAAACGACCCAGGCAAUAAUUUCUUCACUACUGCUAUUCGUCCCCAUGGAAUAUUUGGUCCUAGAGACCCUCAGCUGGUUCCCAUCCUCAUCCAAGCAGCUAAGAGUGGCAAAAUGAAGUUCAUAAUUGGGGAUGGAAAGAACUUGGUAGAUUUCACCUAUGUGGAAAAUGUGGUCCAUGGACACAUCUUAGCUGCAGAAAAUCUUCAGAAAGACUCUCCUCUGUGUGGGAAGGCAUUUCAUAUCACAAAUGAUGAACCAAUUCCUUUCUGGGCUUUCAUGUCCCGUGUCUUGACUGGCUUGAACUAUGAUCCUCCCAAGUACCACAUUCCUUAUUGGCUGGCAUAUUACCUCGCCCUACUCUUGUCUCUAGUGCUGGGGGUGCUAAGUCCACUGGUCACCAUCAAGCCCACUUUUACCCCUAUGAGGGUGGCACUGGCUGGAACAUUUCACUACUAUAGCUGUGAACGGGCCAAAAGAGCCAUGGGCUACAAACCAGUGGUGAGCUUGGAUGAAGCAAUAGACAGGACUGUGCAGAGCUACCCCCACCUACGCCGGGUGAAGGCCUGAGAAGCCCUAGAUGGACUUUUUUCUACUUGAUUUUCGUCAUUGCUUUGACAUCUUAACACAAACAUUGAAGCAAAUGUCACUAAUGCUCUGGAACAGAAGGUUUUCAUGAAGUCCCUCCUCAUCAUCAUCAUCAUCAAGGCAGCUUUAUCUGGGUUGAUAAACUCAAGUAGGAGCUGUGCUAACACUCUUCUUUGAUGUGACUUCUUGUUUUGAAACGGCUCCUGAGCCUUAUGGACUAUGAAUAAACACCCUGCUGUGCCCUCUUCAAUCCCAACCCAGCACAUCAGCAUUCCUGCAUCUUCUUUCUCCACCCUUGUCCUCUGUUUUGUUGCUCUGGUGAUAACAGUUGCCUCUUCUCAUAGCUGCACAUUGGGUCAUGAAAUACCUCUCACCACUGGUUCCUCUCUGAUUUGGCUUUUUUUUGAUCUAUACAAGAGUGAUGAAAGAGAGGCUUGUGCCAAAAAAAAAGGAGUUCUGCCAGCAUCCCUUAAAACAUUAUUCCCUCCAUGGCUGGUGGGUGAUUUCUUACUGAGGCAUCAGAAGGAAAGCUGAGGAAAGGCAUGCCAGGCCUCUCUUUGUGAGGAAACAUGCCUUUGUUUCUGAAGGAACCUGUUUCUAAGUAAAAAAAUAACUCAAAUCAAGAAGAAAUGACUUCCUAAUUCCGUGUUUCAUCUUUGAGAGGUCAGAUCCUAUUCUGAACAUCUCAGCAUAAACAUGAUAAUAAUCAUUCCCUGUGUUGGGGAGAGAAAUAUUUACUGUGGCUGUUGUCUGUCAGCACAUACUAUUUUCCAUAGCUCACUCCCCUUAAGAACAACGUUGGCUGGAAGAUCCAACUGCCCAAAGCUCUCAUCUUGUCUGACAUGUUAUUGCUGGUAAUGGUGAUUUUCUGUGGCUUUGACUACUUAGUAUAUGAAUAAAACCUCUUUUCCACAAGAAAA